UUUUGGUGGCGCAUUCGUCGCGCAAGGAAGCAAGCAUCAGCCUCCCUCCUCCAUGUGGUCGAAGCCGUUGAACCUUACGCUGACCCGCGCCUUCCAUGCGUCGGCGUCGCUGGCUAAGCGUCGCGACGGCGCGUCCGGCCAUAUUGUCAAGACGGCCCGCGUGUUCAAGAAGGAGCUCACCAAGCAAGAGAAGAAGAAGGCAAGCAUCAGUCGCGGCCACGUCGACCACGUCACUCGCAUGCGCCAACUCAAGGAGCAAACUGACUAUCUCGCUAACAAGGAGGCGGCAUUCGUCGCUUUCGAGCAAGAUGAAGAGCUCACGCGAGAGUACGACUUGGCGUACGACGAGCUCAUGAACUCUGGCCGUCACCGCGAAUAUGACUUUGCAGACGCCAUUGACGUGACUCUGCGCGACUUGGACCCGGAAGACGUUGCGCGCGAGUUUUACUCGCUGCCGCACAAGCACCAAACCGUUGACGACCUUGUCGAAGUCAUGCGUGUGCUCGCCGUCCAUGGCCGUGUGGACGCCACAGAGGCAAUUUUAGCGCAGCUGGAAGCGAACCAAGGCGGCUCACCGGUGCCCGAGGCGACGAUUUCGGCUUCGUCAGCCGUAGUACCGAGUCGUGGUACGCUCUCGCCGACUCUCAUCCCGACCGAGCGCUGCUACGUGUACCAUAUUUGCGCCCUGGCGCACCACCGCGAGGCUGCCAAGGCCGUGCGCGUUCUCGGUCGCAUGAAGGAGCAUGGCAUGCAACCAACGCAGCACUCCUACAACUCGGUCAUGCAAGCGUGCACGCGCGCAAAGCGCCCCGACUGGGCCUACAACAUGUUUGAAAAGAUGCAAGCCAACGGUAUCCGGCCGAGCUUGAUCACGUUCACGAUCCUCAUGAACUCGUCGAUCGCAGUCAACGAUCUGGACCGCGCGUUCGAAACAUUCCACCUCAUGCGCACGCACGUCGCGCAGCCGUCGCUUGUCUCGUUCAACUCGAUCAUCUACGGCUACGCCAAAGCCGGCCGCGUCGAGCGCGCGAUCAACCUCCUCGAAGACAUGCUCGAGCUCCGCCUUACGCCGUGUACGAUCACGUACAACAACCUGAUUCUGGCCUGCGCCAACUCGCCGUACUACGCUCACAAGGCUUGGGAGUUUUACUACGAGAUGCAAGACCAGUACGACCACGUCCCGGAUUUAAUCACGUACGGCAACAUGCUCCUUGCGUGCGCGCGACAUGGCGACAUUCGCGGCGCCGAGAAGCUCGUGUGGGACAUGAAGCGCCACAACGUGCCGCAGACGCCGAUUUUGCGCACGCAUCUCCUUCACGUCUACGCCCGGGCCCAAGUCAAGGCCGUCGUGCGGCUCGCGCGCUCCAACAUUGCGCCGCCCGAAGCCGUCAACCCAAUCAUCCAGGAGCGCACCGAGUUUGACGACGAGGGCAAAGUCAUCGACCUCGACCGGCCGGGCCGCCAAGACGUUUACUCAGACGACAACAUGGGCUACGACGAGGACGACUGGGAGGGCGAAGAGGACCUCGACUGGGACGAAAGCGGCGAAGUGGGAUCCGUCGAGCGCGUCCGCGGCCUCACGCCAACCGAGCGCGACGAGCUCGAGCGCUACCUUCGGCCGCACCGCACCAAGGCUCAAGAGGAGGCGGACGAGGCGGAUGCACUCCUCACUAUGGACCCCGACGACGUAAUGCGUGACAUGGACCCGCUCAAGUACAACCCCGUGGACCUGGACAACUUUACGUCGUUCCAGGAAGACAAUAUCGCUACGGCCCAGCACAUCUAUGACGAUGCGCUCGCGGCCAAUGGACCCUCCACCGAGCUCCUCAACGCUGCGCUCAGUGUGCUCGCGAACGCCCUGCGCAUCCAGCGUGCGCUCGACUUUGUCGCGACCGAGUUCCCGAAGCACGGCCUCAAGCCGGACGCACUCACUUACAGAAGCCUCAUGCGCAUGUUCUUGCGCGCCAAGCGCCUCAAGCGCGCCGAGGCGCUCAUUGGCGAGACAAAGGCCGCCGGCGUCUCACCGGAUGCUGACUUUUACGGAUACCUUGUCGACUACUAUGCCCGGCAGAGCCGUCUGCGCAGCGCGCUCUCGACGCUUGAAGAGAUGGACCGUCUUGGCUUGAACCUGCACCCCAAACUCGCCUACAACCUGCGCAAACUCACGCAAAAGUACCGCGUGUACACGGAGCUACUCGACGAAGACCCCAACGCGAUUCACGCCAUGAGCCACCAUGGCCUCAUGACCAUGCGCAAGGAGCGGGCGCGCCAGAUCGCGGCCAACCGCGCGGCAGGCCGCAAGUUUUUCAUCCCGCGCCGCUCUGACGUUUAAAGAUAUGUAUAGAUUACGUAGAGAAUGAUGAUAUAAUGCACAAGCGAUUCAACAAGCAA